GGAAACGACAAGACACUGCUCGUACUGACGGUUGCUGUUUACCAGCUGUGCGGGCGCUUGUGUGAACGCUCGACUCUGGUGCGAAUUGUUGUUCGAAUCGUAGUCCGGAACGUGGCGGAGAGAUUGAACUCUACCGUCGCUUCAUCUUUAGAUGGUCGAGGAUCAGAGGAUAACUCGGUACAGGUAGUUGCCUCAUGCUCAGCAUCAGAUUUUUAUUUUUAAAUGCCGAUACAGGCGUGGGCCCAGCACUGCCACUACUAGGCCACUAGCACUGCUGCUAAGACAAGCUAACGGUCGGGAAUGGCGGUGGCGGGCAAGGCACAGUACUACCGCCUGGUCAACCAGGAGACAGAUAGUGAUGGAGAAGCAGUACAGGAAAAGGCAAAGGUUGUUACACCAACCUCACCAAAGGCCAAGGGUGCAUCACCACUUGGACAGAAGCAACGUCGCCAACGGACCAACCACCCGAGUCUGCGCUAUGGCUGGUCACCUCGUGCUUCCAUCUUCUUCUGUAUGCUGAUAGCUGCUCUGGUGUUGUUGGCAAUCCUGGUUAUUGUCGCCCUCAGGCCUAGCUUGAACAACAACGGAGCAGGAACAACUGCACCUCCACCAGCAGUGUGCAGUUCUUCAGCAUGCGUUCAGUUGUCUGGAGCUGUAGCAUCAAUGGCAAAUUUCAGUGCCGAUCCGUGCGACAACUUAUGGCAAUAUGCCUGUGGUCGACUGCUGGACAAAUUGGUACUACAUGACUAUGUCGCUCGCUGGUCUUGGUACGAUCAACUGGAGAAGAGAACCUACGAACGAGUUCAACAGAUCUUCCGAAAAAUGAAGGCCUCCAGCACAGACUCGGUACUGGAACCAUCUACUGCAGCAAAAAAGGCAGCAAGACUGUACGAAACUUGCACGAACACAAAUGCUGCCGAUAAACUCGGUGUAGCACCACUAAAGCAGUUUGUCAGUAUGAUUGGAGGUUGGAACGCAAGCGGAUGGUCCGAUCUCAAAUCUGAUCUAACAAAGGCCUUGGCAUUGACACUGGAUGUGUCGCUGCGUGACAUCUCUGACAACAAUCAACUCAGUCCAUUCUUCGCUGUGUCGACUAGCAAAGAUGACAAGGUCAAUGUGUCCAUAUUCAAAAUUAGGGAAAGUGGCCUUGGCAUGGCUUCAAGGAGUCUCUACUUGUCAAACUCCAGUUCCUCUGUAUCCACAGCCUAUCAGCGUUUCAUGAGCAACUUUGCGAAUGCCCUAAGUGAUGAUGGUGCUACACAACUGCAGCUGCAAUCGGACUUGGCCGAUGUCUACCGAUUUGAGGUUGAACUAGCAAAUAUCACUACACCAAGUGCUGACCUACGUGAUCCUAUGGGCGUCUAUAAUAAGAGAACACUGAGAAAUGUCUCGACUAUUCUUACCACGAUUGACUGGGUAGUGCUGCUACAGACCCUGUACCCUGACUCAGCCGGCAGUAUCAAUCUGGACACGGAAGUAAUCUUGGAUUCACCCGAGUACUAUUCUCAGCUGUCACAGCUCAUCAUGUCCACUCCUCAAAGGACUCUCGGCAACUACAUUUCGUGGUUGGUUGCCAGGACAACAGCACCAUUGCUGUCUCAGCCCUUGCGAACUGCGUACGAUGGGUAUAAGAAAGCACUGAAAGGAGUGACAGGCAUACCGAGAAACCUGUACUGCUUGAAACUUGUUGACCAGAGCAUGCCUCUUGCUGUUGGGCGCUUGUUCAUCGAUGAUGUGUUUGAUUCUUCCUCUGUCAAGAAGGGCAGCGACCUCAUGAGCAGCAUUAUACAGGCUUUCAAAUCCAAUCUACCCAAUGUCAAAUGGAUGGACAGUGCCACACAAGCAGUGGCUGCAGAGAAGGCUGAUGCAAUCCUGUACCAGAUUGGAUACUCUGUUGAGUAUGCGAAUCGCUCAGCAAUAGAAUCUCUUUAUUCUCAGCUCAAUGUCUCCACUAGGAGCCUUUUCACUGACAUUAUGGCCGCAUGGCGAUUGGAAAGGAGUCGGACCGGCAGCCUUUAUGUAACAGGCAAACCAGUGUCUCGAAAAUACUGGGACAUGCGGCCCACACAGGCCAACGCCUUCUAUGAACCCACACUGAAUGUCAUUGGCAUCCCUGGAGGAAUUCUAGGACGACCUUUUUUUGACCAGCAAGCACCAGCGGCAUUCAACUAUGGAGCCAUUGGAACCGUCAUGGGGCAUGAACUGUCGCACGGAUUCGACGACCAAGGGAGACACUAUGACAAGAAUGGCAGCCUGCGGCAGUGGUGGUCUGCGACUGCUUCUUUGGCAUUCAAUGAACAUGCUGACUGCAUUGUCAAGCAGUAUGACAACUACACGGUCCUUAAUUCACAUCUGAAAGGCAAGCUGGCCCUCGGUGAAAAUAUUGCUGACAUCGGAGGAUUGAAAAUCGCAUACAAGGCAUACAGAGAGUACGUGCAGCAACAUGGCGAUGACUUACCCCUAUCAGGACUGGAGCACUUGACUGGUGACCAGCUGUAUUUCCUCUCCCAUGCCCAGUAUCAGUGUUCCAAAGCAACACGCGAGGAACUGCUCCGGCGACUUCAAGCAGACGUCCACUCCCCACUAAAAUGGAGGGUGAUGGGUCCAAGCAUGGAUAUGCCUGAAUAUGCCAAGGCAUUCAAUUGCACUGCUGGCAGCAAGAUGAACCCUGAACAGCGGUGUACGAUUUGGUGAACUGACCAGAGACAAUGUGUGAGUGGGUACCAAGUACCUCAUCCAACAGCUGAUUCACAACUGUGAGAUCAUGCGGAUCAGCCUUGACAGAAUGGUUUCAGCCCGCUCUAAAAACUUUGCUUCGUACCUAUUUUCUGCACACUAUUUCUGUAUCAGCCCGCAGAAGUCUCCAAGCAUACAUGCCAGAUGAUAUUCUUUUUGACCAGCAUGAAAUUUCGGUCUACUCUGACCUAUCCGUGACCAUGCUUCCUGAUUCAAGUUGACCAUAAUAUGUAUGACCUCACCACAAACCACCGCAGAACUGAAGACCAUUGCCUUCUCCUCAGUUCUCCUUCAAUUCCGUCCUCCUGUGUACUUGAGUCACUGAGGCUUAUGUAAGUGUUGACUGCUUGCCGCAUGAUGCUGGCAGAACAGCACCAAACACGGACACUAUGGUAGAUGAAGCUAUACAAUCAUGCUUACUGCAUGCUCCAGCUGCUGAUCAUCUCAGAUAUUUUCCACCUCUGCAAGCCUCAGGCAUUUCUCUCACUGGCCACUAAAUUGAUGAUUUUGAAGCGUGCCCCAAUUUGAUCUACCCGCCGAUGAUCAUCAGGCAGGCUGUAUAUUUCCAUGGCUGCACUCCGCCAGUCCCUGUCAUACUGCGGGUGGCCGCCUUGGCCUUGGCCGUAACCCUAACUACCCGGCAAUUACUGGUAAUUGUGAACAUAACUGAUUUUUCAGUGCUGAUUAUCCCCAGUACUAUCUGGCAGGACUGUUGAGUACCCGGUUGGGUUGAAUGAUUACUUGAAUCUAAAACAGA